AGUUUCAAACCAACAUCAUUACUAGCCAUAUCCAUAUUCCUACCAAUUUAUGCCAUUAUGGAGAAAACUUUCAGUUCUUUUCUCUUAAUAGUACUCUCGCUGUUUCACUAUGUUAUGGCUAGUUCGGCCAUGACCCAAACCAACAUUACCACUGAUCAAUUGGCUCUUCUCGCUUUGAAAUCCCAAAUCGUUUCAGACCCCUCUCACUUCUUGGAUGAAAGUUGGUCUCCCGCUACAUCUAUUUGUCAUUGGGUGGGAGUCACUUGUGGUUCUCGCCAUCAGCGAGUGAAGUCCUUGAAUCUUUCUAACGUGGCUCUUACAAGUAGGAUUCCCCGAGAAUUUGGAAACCUCACAUUUCUUGUUUCUCUUGACUUGAAAAGCAACAAUUUCCAGGGAAAUUUGCCUCAAGAAAUGGCACUCUUGCGUCGGCUUAAGUUUCUUGAUUUAAGUUUCAACAACUUCAGAGGGGCGAUUCCUUCUUGGUUUGGAUUUUUACAUCAACUUCAAGUUAUUAAUAUUAGAAAUAAUAGUUUCACUGGUUCCAUCCCUUCUUCAUUUUCUAAUAUGUCCACACUUGAGACUUUGAAUCUGAAUUUCAAUUCCAUUGAGGGACAAAUACCAAAAGUGAUUGGAAGUCUUAUAAACCUUAGAGAAUUAAGGUUGCGAGGUAACAAGCUCAUAGCUUCUAUUCCUCUGUCACUCUCAAAUGCCUCGAAGUUGGAGACUUUAGAUAUAUCUUUUAAUUCACUUCAAGGGAAUAUUCCAGAAGGGAUCGGCAAUCUUCACAACAUGAAGUUGUUGGUCAUACAAGCUAAUCAACUUACGGGGUCUAUGCCAUUCACAAUUUUCAAUAUCUCAAGAAUCGAAGUCAUUGCAUUUACAGGCAAUAGCUUAUCAGGAAAUCUUCCCAAUGGUUUAUGCAAUGGUAUCCCAAUACACAAAGGGCUUUAUUUGUCCAAAAACAAGUUUUACGGUCAUAUGCCUGCAAGCUUAUCAAAUUGUUCACAACUUCAAGUAUUGUCUUUAUCGGAAAAUGAUUUAACAGGUGAAAUACCCAAAGAGAUAAGCAAUCUCAUUGAGUUGGAGGUACUUGCUCUUGAGAUUAAUAGUUUUAGUGGUUCACUCCCAAUGGAGAUCUUCAACAUAUCCGGGCUGAGAACAAUUGAGCUUUCAAUGAACAAUAUAUCAGGAAGCCUCCCACCAAUCAUGUGUUCUAUCUUACUCAACAUUGAAAAGCUUUAUCUGUGGAACUUAACCAAUCUUGUGGGACUAUUCCUCAUUCCAUCUCCAAUUGUUCAAAACUUACUAUUCUAGAGCUUGGUAACAACCAACUCACUGGCUUGAUUCCCAAUUCUCUUGGAUACUUGACUCAUCUACAAAUCCUAAACUUGGUGGGAAACAAUUUAACCAGCGAUUCAUUGUUAAGCUUUCUGACUUCCUUAACCAAUUGCAGAAAUUUAACAGUUCUUUCUCUAUCUUUCAACCCUCUAAACGGCAUGCUUCCUGCCUCCGUGGGGAACCUUUCCACAUCUCUUUUAAAGUUUCACGCCAAAAGUUGUAAA